CAGAGGGGGAAAAUCAAGCAGCUGCUGCUGGCAAAUUCGCUCGGGCGCUGGGCACCUCCUCCUCGUGCGUCUCCUGUUGCUUCUUCCAGCCUCACUUCCCUUUGCGAAGAAGAGCUCGAGAAGAAGAGGGCGCGGGAGACAGCAGGGGGGUCUGAGAGGGUCCGAGAAGCCAGCGGCCGCGGGCGAUCCCGGAGCCCAGCCCGUCAACCCGCUCCGGGAGGCGGGAAAGCUGCAAGCCGCGCCCACCGCCCUGCCCCCAGCGCGCCACUCCCGGCUGCUGGGACUCUGCACGUCCUCCCGGGAUCCGCUCGGAGGGGACCCAACGCCUAGUGGGUGUGUGCCCACGUCCCCUCCGGGGCGGCGGGAAACGGCUUUGAGGAUGUAAACAAGGAGACACCAUGGAGACAGUGCUGAUCCUUUGCAGCCUCCUGGCCCCUGCAGUCCUGGCUAGUGCAGCUGAGAAGGAGAAAGAAAAGGAUCCAUUCUAUUAUGACUACCAGACCCUGAGGAUUGGGGGAUUGGUGUUUGCUGUGGUCCUCUUCUCUGUUGGGAUACUCCUCAUCCUAAGUCGCCGGUGCAAGUGCAGUUUCAACCAGAAGCCCAGGGCUCCAGGGGAUGAAGAGGCCCAGGUGGAGAACCUGAUCACUACAAAUGCUGCAGAGCCCCAGAAGGCAGAGAACUGAAGUGCAGCCUCCAGAAGGAAGCCUCCAGAAGCCAAGACCAGCUGCCUGACCCUUUAGAGGCUGGUAUCAAGGCUUGAGAAAACCGGCUACUUCAGACCAGAUCUUUCCCCAGGAGAAGCCAAGAACCUGUGUUCCCUGCGCCUCUCCCCGUCCCCACUAACCCCAGUCCUGUACUUAAAGAUGCAACGCUCACAGCCCUUCCCUGUUCACUGGAGCCAGAGCUCUGGCCCCCUUCUGUGCUGUGUCUGUGUGUGUCUGUGUGUCUGCUGACUGUGGUCUGUGGAUUUCAUUGUUCCCGUGAACUGUGUGUGCUCCCUUUCCUGGGAGGGGCUAGGCCAUGUUGCCAUCCACGCCUUGUGCCCUCCUGUGGCCUCCAUCCCCUCUUGCUCUCUGGAGUCUGCUCUGCCCCUGAGAAACCCUAGUCCCAUCUUUGGAUUUAGGUUUGAGGGAGCGUGGUACCCAGGGCAGGAGUCCCCAGCUGCCUUGGGACUGAGAAGUGUGUAUCAUCUUUGUUGCCCUUCUUCAUGGACUCAGAAGAAACUAGCUCCCGAUUCCACCAGUUUUGAAGGUCUGUCAGCAGUGGGAGAUGCCAAGGACUGCCCUCCGACAGGCCUCCUGGGGUCCUUUUCCUUUUAGGGUGCCCACUGCAGAGUCCCAGUCUGUCCCACCCUUUGUAGAACACCAGGUCCAGGGCUUCCUCUUGCUUCUGGGGAAUGUGCUCCUCAUAUACCUUCUGAGCAAUAACCCUUAGGCUCUGGAAUCCUCCUGCCUUGGCCCACCUUCUCUGCUUCUGAGACUUUCCUUUCUAGCCCAGUCCAUCCGACUUGAGGAUUCCUUCCUUCUCUGAAGCAGGCCUCUGGCAGGGGAUGGCUGAGGGGAUGGGCAACAGAGAGUGUGGGGGAGGGUCUGCCUCUGCCUUGUGGUCUACGUCUGGCAGUCACUGCAGUUUCUGUUCUCUGCCUGUCAGGGGUCAGAGUGGAGAUGGAUGGGGGUAUGUGUGGGAGCAGCAGGGCUGCGGGUCAGAGAUCAACAGGGUAUGCACAGCCUGGGUGCACAGCGAAGGCCAGACGUCAAAAGUCAUCAGAGUGAAAACUCAAACCAGACCCCGCCCCACCUGUCUAUUGUGUUCCCUUGGAAACUAACCAAGCCACACUGUGUACCGGGACUGCUGAUCUCUGUCUUGUGACCUGUCCUCUGACAACAGAAAAAUACGUAAAUAAAACAUUGUUUCCUAGUGGC